AGCUACUAUAGAGAAUAACGACCUCCACACACAGAGCAAGGAGUUCACAGAGCAGAUAACUCACGACGUGCCUUAUUUGAACAUCAAAAGAAGUACGAAUAAAUACGAAAGAAUCACGCGCUCACGACCUUCAAGAUGCAUCCGCCCACGAGAUCUUCGAGUGAUAAGGACGGCAAUAAGAUGCAGGCCAGUAACUCGUCUUCUACUAUCGAGGAGGACUUCUUCUAUUCCUCGGCUGAUACCGGCGGCCCGCCGAUGGUGCCGCGGACGACGGUGCGCAAUCUGAUCGACUUUGACGAGGUGAACAGGAGCGCGGGCGGCAGCGCAGGAAGCCCGAACAGUACCAUGGUGGCCUACCAGCAGCUGUUGCAAAGUACAGUUCGAGUACACUUCUUGUGUUGAUGGUUCUACUUGUGUUUAAUACGGAUAUACGUAAUUCAAAUUCUUGCAGCAUAAUUACCAGUAGUAAAAGUCAUAGUCUGGCUUGAUCAAAGAAUUGUUUUGUUUCGAGCAUUCAGGCCUUAGAAGGAAAAAAGAUUUUCAUUUUCUCCAUUGAGAACCACACGACAGACCUCCUAUGUAUACUACUUCCCAGGUACGACCGCGGCGCAUUCGGAACUAGAAAAUCAAUGAGUCCCACUUGCGCGAGCAGCAAGUGGGGACGCACGACACACACGCCAAGGUAGUGCUGCUGCUGUGCGCUCUGCACGAAAUGGCAGUGCGUGCGCUCCCUGCCGCACAGCGCCAGCGCCUCGGACAGAGGCCUGGCGUGGUGUGCUCGCGUCUCCGUGACGACACGCUUCAAAAGAAGCGCGCUGCGCCGGUCCCUAUCACGGCAUGCACAGGCCUACUUAGGCACACUGCGUGGUCCCCGUGGACACCAGCUCCGUGCAAGGAGCUCCUUGGUGUCGUCUCCGCAGGUCCCUCGCCCGACACGCUUCAAGCGAAGCGUGUGGCACGGUCCCCGUCGCCAUCAACGCCUCAGGGGCUUGGUGUCGGCUCCGCAGGUCGAAGUCAUGGCGUGCUUCUUCGAAGCAUGCUGUGUGGCGGCCGUGCGUGCUUGGUUGGUACCGGCUCCGUAAGUCCCCAUCGCGGCGGGCUUUUACGAAGCGCGCUACGUGGCCCGCGCGCCACCUCCAGAGGACGACAGACCUCCUAUGUAUACUACUUCCCAGGUACGACCGCGGCGCAUUCGGAGCAAGCUACUAGUAGGAAUCCUGCUAGUAGAAUCGUGCUAGCAGAAAAGCGGCUACUAGUAGAAAUCCUGCUAGUGUUUUUAGCGUCACAAAAACGCGAAGAACGCCUUUUGCUUCGGCCCCAGCCAACGCCUUUUGCUUCGGCCCCUGCCGUGGGUUUUCGCUUUGGCCUGCUUGCUCUAUUUUUUCAGGGCUGUCUGGUUUCUAGCAAGAACCACCCGCAGCACCUCCUCUGCCUUCCCGCUGCGGCUGCCCUGCCGCCCUGCCUGCCCUGCUUUAUCUUUGCUGGGUGCCGGCAAUGUUUCUAGUCUUUCGGCCGUCGGCGCGCUUUUUUCGUGCUGUUUCCUGUGGCUAGCCUCCCGAGCCUCCGACAAGGGUCUGCGCACGCUCUCCGGCGGCCCUGUUUGUGGGGGCUCGGGCAGGGGUUGCGCUCAGUGCCCCCGCACGCCCCUCGCGCCUAGCGGCCUUGCCUCUACGUGCGCUUCCUUAGCUCCCGCCGAGGGAGAAGGGCCGGGCGGGAGCGCUGCCGCUUCUCUUUUUCGCACACUGGUCGCGCCAACACAGUCUCAACAUGUACCGCUGGCCACGGGCGACCACGCUUUUUUUCCCUCGCCCCCCCUUGCACCCCCUCGUCGCCGGGCCGGCGGGCGCGGGGCGCACGCCCGUUCUAGAUAUACUACUUCCCAGGUACGACCGCGGCGCAUUCGGAAGACCCCGGCGCGGAGGUACAGACCUCCUCCCCCGGGAGCAAAGCCGGGCAAACAAGGCUCCAGGACGUCUCCACCGGACAGCCCCGUUCCUGGGUAUGUGUGUGGCGCUCCUAAGGCCGUGAUUACCACACAUAGUUGCGACAGCUGAUAUUGAGGCAGCUGCGACAACGCUAUGAAUUAGGCUGAUCAGGCCCCCCCUGACGGCUAGGUGGACCUGUUAGCGCUGUUUGGGUCUCUAGGUUUCUGUCGUAGUGUCCGCCGUCUGUUGUUCUUGUGCACGUCUUCUCAUGCCUGCACACCCGGCUUUCGUUAGCGCUAGGCUGAUCCAGCUGGUUUUUCUAGGGAGCAUGUGGCAGCGUGACUUUUACCCAGUUCUCUAUGUAUUGCUGCAGGAGUUUGUCCUUGUCCACCUUUGGUUUUACAGUUUUCCCAUUCUCUGCUUAUCGUUACCUGGCGAGGCGCAUUUUCAGCAUUUUAGGAUUUAUCCUUACAAGUAUUUUCUGAGGUUUACUUGUAGGUGGCCAGCUCUUGCUUACUUUCCUAGGUGACAAGGGAAAUGCCACUGCUCGCUGCACUUUGCAUGUGGGGACUUUGCAGCGGAGUUGUGUCCGGGGUGUAGGUUCACUAUGUAGUGUAGCUCUUCCGUAGCCGUAUCUUAGGCGCCCGCCAGGCCGUGGAUGCAGAUCGUUUCUGCGGAACGAACUGGCCAAGGGAAAUACGGCCUGCCGGCGCAGCUUGGGCGGGACAGGAAUGGGCGAAAGCGUUGGCGGGCGCAACAAGACACGGAGGUAGUUCUGAGAUUGCGGAAGAAAGCUGUGGGCAGCAGUUCGUUGCAAGGCGUGAACAGAAAAAACAGAAACAUGAUGGCGAUGAUAAUGAUGAUGCAAAGGAAUGAUGGAAAGGAAAAGAGUCGUCGUGUAAUCCCUGCGUGCUCGAAACCCCAAGCGCCUGGCAAGCAAAAGAGUGUCAGUGUUGUGUCGUUUUCCCCGUAUUGCCGCCCACUGCUCGUCUUUCGCGUCUCUGUGUUGUUCUCUUCUCGUGUGUCUCGUGUUUUGGUUAGCGCUAGUGCCGCUUCGGUUGUCUUCGCCCCUAAGGCUACCAGCUCUGCUCCCACCCGCAACUGGUUUUCGGUGUGAUUUGACCCCGACGAAACAAGGCUCCGUUUCGGGGUAAUCGGAUUGUAGGAUGCCCAAAAUGAGCCGGGGCCCUACCUUUGACACUGUCGAGCGGUGCACAUCAUAGUACGACCUCCCUAUUGUCUGUACUGCCCGGCUCGGCUGUUCCUGUCUUAGGUCUGCUCGGGGACGCUUGGGCCUCUAAUACCCCAGCCCGAGAUCUGCAAGGUCCCAAAAACCAGGGCUGUAGUCUACCAAGUGGGCAAGGAUGAAAGCCCCCGCUUGGAGCCUCUUGCGAUUCACUUCACUUCACUUCACUUCACUUCACUUCACUUCACUUCACUUCACUUCACUUCACUUCACUUCACUUCACUUCACUUCACUUCACUUCACUUCACAUCACUUCACUUCACAUUCACGAUAGACUAUACUACUUCCACCCAGGUACGACCGCGGCGCAUUCGGAAUUACAGCAGCAACGCGGUCUGUAACAGACCAUCCAAGGGCUUUCCGCGUGAUUUUCUUUGGGACAUCCCUUCUCCAUCCUGGGUUUUCCGCAUGAUUUCCUUUGGGAAAUCGCUUCGUCCGGGUUUUCCGCAUGAUUUCUUUUAGGAAAUCGCUCGCCCCUGGGCUUUCCGCGUUUCUUUAUAGGAAAUCUCUUCCUUAGGAGCCGGCCGCUGAUCUCCGCGUCAACACGUAGUGGAGGCAAGCUCUUUCUGAUCUUCACUGUGAUAAGUAUCGGGGUCUGUGAUAAGUAUAAGUGGAGGCAAGCUCUUUCGGGUCUGUGAUAAGUAUCGGGGUUUCUCCUUUGAUAUGGAUCAGAGGGUCCGCGAUGUCGGACUUUUCUCCUUUGAUAUGGAUCAGACGACUUUUCUCCUUUGAUAUGGAUCAAAGGAGAAAAGUCCGGACUUUUCUCCUUGCAAAGGAGAAAAGUCCGCUGGAUUGAUACCAGAGCGAGCAGCUCCUGGUGCAAGUCCUUCUGUUUUUGCUUCACAUCCUUCUGCUUUAGCAUCAAAUCCUUCUGCUUUAGCAUCAAAUCCUUCUGUUUUAGCAUCAAUUCCUUCUGUCUUAGCAUCGAUUCCUUCUGUUUUUGCAUCAAUUCCUUCUGUUUUUGCAUUUUUCUACAUAUCACGCGGGCUGUGAUAUCAACAGCACAAUCGACUUUUCUCCUUUUCUUCUUUGAUAUCACGUGAUAUCACGUGAUAUCAAAGGAGAAAAGUCUUUUUUCAAAGUUUAAAGACCCCAUGAACAGACCUCCUAUGUAUACUAUUUCCCAGGUACGACCGCGGCGCAUUCGGAACUACAGCAGCAACAGGAGCAGACCAUUCAAGGGCUGAACGAGGAGCUGAGUUUUCUCCGCUUUGAGCUGGAGAUGAAGGAAAACGAGAAAAAAAUCCAGAUGGAGCUGCUGAAAAGCGACUUUGAGGCGGAAAGGAAUGCAUUGAAGCAGGAAUUGGGAAGGCUGCAGGAAGGACAGAAGGAAAUACCAAACAAAGCGGGAAAGAAUUCCACGGGGGAAAUUUUUGACGGAAAAACCGCGACGCGGAAUUCAACAUCGAAUGUAGUCGGCCCAGAACAACAAGAUCAUGCAUUGCUGGAAAAACAACCCGCAGGUGGGAACAACACAGCCACUAUCUCCUCUGCCAAAACCACGGCUGCUCCACCUGACCUCCCGAUGGAAGAACUACGAGCAGCCUCCUACGAGCCCAUGACACCGAGCACCACGGUAUUCUGAGUAAAAAUGUCCUCACACCAGAGUCAAGAUGGGAAAUCUGCUAGACAAAUCAACCAGCAUUGGUUGUUUCGCAUGAGAAGUCUGUCCCCGUAGCGUAAUCCUGUUUAGCUAGUUCCGAAGCAUCACAGAUCUAGCCUAGCAUGCUCAUUCGAGCAUCACAAAUUCCAAAGCGCGACUAUAAAACUGCUCUCAUGGGGCGUCGCAUGAGAAACUUUUAUGACAUGCCGAUUUGCAUGACAAAACGUGGGGACGUUUUUACUCAGAAUACACGGAUUUCGUGGAACUGGACGACGAACUAAGGCUGUUCAGUACCUUAUCACGAGAAAAAAUGGUUACAGUUACAGCACAUUGUGUUGCAAGCGCAGCAUGACAAACAGCCUCUGUCAUGCCAGAAAUGCUUCCAAGCUUGAUUUCAUACGUGUUUUCCCUUAUGGUUUGUGCAUUGCAAGUUUUCCCUCUCAUGCAGAGAAAAUUUGUGUUGCUGAAGUUACAACAAAUGUGUAACUGUAACACAUUUUUCUUGUGAUAUACCUUUCUGAACUCGCUCGCACAACAGCAGCAGCAGUACAACAACUUCCAUGUAGUUGCCGGCGGAGGUGCAGGUGGAGAAGACGCUAGUUGUUCCGCUUUAGCUCCUAGUGCCACGACACCUCAAGCUGUAGAUCAACAAGACGCGGCGGACCAGGGGGCCCAGCAGGUGGAAAUUCCGGUGGACGCAGAGAAGUUGUUUCACGAGGAGACGCGAAACCUGCUCGAGUUCGUGUCCAAGUUGCAGACCACGUGCCACAACCUGACGCUCCGCUUGGACCAGGCGGAGGCGCAGUUGAUGGUGUCCAAGAAGGAGCACGCCACGCAGAUCCAGCAGCUGCAGCGCAAAGUGGCCUCGCUGACCACGGAAAACGAAUCGCUGUUGCAGCUGUUCCACUCCACGGCGCCGGGUUUGGUCGCCAGCCAGCACAACUACCGGCUGUCUUCUUCACAGAGCAGCAGCAAGAACUCCACGGGUCGGAAGCUCUCCUCGGUUUCCUCCAACAGCCCCGGCGGUGGGGCGACAACAGGAUCAGCAGUUCACGUAUCUUCUAGUACAACUACUUCUGGCGAACAAGCUGUCCUUCCAACAGGAGCCGCUUCCCUAGUGGUCCACAAGCACCACCAGCAGUUCUCCAACGGCAGUAGCAGCAGCUCCGCAAACUAUCGCGGAAGUAGUGGUGGGAGCAAUUACAACAGUUCCCACAGCGGAGGUGUUCUUGGUGUUCAGAACCACCACGACCGCGGGCCGCCCCAAAUCGACGACGGGCAACAGCGCAACAGUGCCCAGUCGUCGCAGAAUCAGAAACGUUCGCAGACGAGUUUUUUCUCCAUUUCCGGCAACUCUUCGCCGGCGGAUGAGGUGGAUAACUUGUCCGCAAGCACAAACAACUUCAACGACCCGCGACGCAUGACGAUGAGCCAUCCCAACCUUGUGGUGUCCUCCUCGUCCGGGCACCAGCAGGUUCAGCAGGGGGUAGCUCCGGCUGGUGCAAGAAGAACGACAUCUUCCUCGACAGUCGUGACUAGUAAUACACAUGAUCUUGAUCAUCUGGGGCAAGAAGUCUCGUCAGGACAACAUCCACAUCAUCAUCCACAAGGAUUAGCAUCUGGUGCGGGAGCAGGACACCGCAGUCCCGUGGUGAAACUCGCCCGCACCACGGACGAGCGUUACUUCAGUACCAAUCGGGCGCCUGCAAACUCAGGAGCUACGACUUCUCUGGCCCUUUCAACGGCCGCAAUGGACCACCACAGCCGUACUACGCGGUCUUCGUUGAGCAGCGAUGCACCAGCCCGAGGAAUAGUGGACACCGAGCAGCCCGUUGUAGAUGUGAAGGUCGCCGGCGGCAAGGUGUACGUGCCGCCAUUCACGACGCAGCACGGUUGUAGCAGUAGCACAACAACUGCUACCGUGGGCGGAACAAGUAGUGCAAGUGGUACUUCAGCUGCCGCUGGUGGCCGCAAGCCACCAACACCCAUUUCUACCACCGUCGGGAAUCACCUAAUAUGAAUUGCAACUAUGUCGGUGUCUGGAAGAAUGCAAGUUUGUCAUGCUUGUCUGGCAUGACUCGAGAAUCUGUGUUGCAUAGGCACGAAAAGGCCCUCUUACCUGUCGUGCAAAAACGCAGUUUGCCAUGCGGAAUACGUAACACAUGGCAGCGAAAAAAGUUGUCAUGCACAGCUGCAUCUUGCGUUGCGUCUAUCAUUCACUCUUAGCAUUACAAGUUUCCUCCAGACCCAGAUAUAUUUGCAAUGCAUAUCUAAACGGGCAGGGCAAUGGCCAGGGUGGAUCUACCACUACUUCCACAGGUGGACCACCACCGGCCCUUGGUCCGCAAGUGUUCCGGAUGUCGUCCCCGCUUUCGAGCUCGGAGUCAAAUUCCGCCAGCUCCUCCCCGACCAGCCCACCUGGCCUGGUGUCGAUGAGCAGUGCCAACUACGGGGCGCGACAGAGCACCAGCUCGCGGCAGGAGCAAAACUUGCAGCAAUUGUUCAACUUCUCCAAUAGUAGUACGUCGACCUCCAACCGUGCAGUUGCCGGUGGCAACACCGGGACGACGUCGAAUUACGGUAGUAACAAGCGUCCGAGCCCCUCGGGGCAGCUACCGUCGUCCGGCGAGAGGAGCAGUCAUGGGGCUCCUCCCACCGCGGAUGUGGUAGUCAGGGGGCACAGGCUGUCAUCCUCUAGUGGUGGCGGUGGUAGUAGUGUUGUAGUACCCCCGGCAGGAGGAGCUGGGUCGGCCGCCGCUGCACAGAGGGUCGUGAGCGGUAGUAGUAGCUCCUCUACUUACGGUAGUAGUUCUCAGCGGAUGUCCAUGUCAUCUACUUCGGAGCAGCAGCGAGCUGAAGUGGACUUCUAUUUUACGCAGUACAACAACAACCAGCAAAUCAGCAGCGCGAGUGCAGCUGCUGCGCCGCCAGUGAGUCAGCGACCCGGCAGCAGUCCAGGAUUGAUGUUCUCGAGUACAACUUUAUCUCCGGCUGGUACCACUCCUGGCGCGCCAAGUUCCACGCUGGCCGGCGGACUGCGAAAAGGAGCGGCGUCGCCUGCAGCACAAAACUACCCGGCGGCGAGCAACAUCACGUCAAGUGGUCUCACAACAACGACGACGCAUCUGGGGAGCCGCACUCGCACGGUCGAGCAGACAGAGAACGCUUCCUCUUUGACCAACAUGUUCUCCGGACUCUCGAAGCUGUUCUCAACGAACACUGGAAGUACUUCUAGCGGAGCCUCCGGUGGAGGUGGUGGACACCGCUAAGUUGUAGUGGUGUUCCCAUGAUGUGGGCACAGACCGCCACGCCUGGCUGCUAUAGCUUCGAAGCUCGGCUCGACAAAAGUCCAUUUCAUAUUCCUUCAAAUAUGGCCAAAAUCCAAACUAUUCAUGUCGCCUCGAACUGCUCCUGAAAAAUAUUUUUACUGAUUCAGGCCGAAUUAUGGAGGAUUCUGCUAAAGAUAUGCGAAUAAAGAUUUUUCUUCGUGCUGUUGGAUCUUGUUCAAGCGGAAAGUACACUAGAGUACAGUUUUUUUGGCGCCGUCCAUGUUGCUGCUUGCUGACAGCCCGCAAUUGCAUUUGAACCGAACAAGCUUCUUUUUUUUUGGCCAAACGGUGGUCUUUUGAAACCAAAUCAAUCUCCUGUAAAUAUAUUAUUGCUUGGCGAAAUUAUGGCCAUACCCACGCGAGAUGAAGAGACCAGAAGUGACAAAAGAGUCGUUUCCAACGCAAAAAUCGGAAGCGAUAUUUAUAAAUUUUCGUGUCUUUAUUCGCUUUCUCCGCCUCUUUUUAUGCAAAUCCGUGAGAAGCAAGCUCCUUGAUGCGCA